GUUUUUUACUCAUCAUUAUGCAGUCAUAGGUCGAGGAGGUCUCGAUCUUCAGUUUCUGUAAAGAAAACAAGAAGAAAAAAUGGUGGGCACUACUCUUUCAGAACAGCUCAACAACCACAUUCAGACCAUGCAUGAUCAGGGCAUCCUAGACCACCAUUUCGACCAUGUGAAAAAGUUACAAAAUGAAGGAAAUCCUCAGUUUGUUGUGCGAGUGAUCUCAAUGUUCUUCAAUGAUGCUGAAACUGGCAUUGCCCAAAUCACGUCAUUUCUGAACUCAGAUGAUGUGGACUUUGCAAAGACCAUUAACUAUGUUCAUCAGCUCAAAGGCUGUAGCUCAAGCAUUGGUGGACAGCGGAUGGCCCUUGCUUGUAGUGAGCUACGAAAUGCCUGUGAUGACAGGGACAAGCAGAGGUGCCUUGAAAUCUUUGAGAGGGUGAAACAGGAGUACAGCACUUUGCAGGAAUGCUUCAAUACCAUUUCCCAGAUGGAGAGAACCAUCGCCAAUGAGACUGGAGGCCGUCAACCAUAGCAAGCUCCUUUGUGCUUGCAGCUUUAGCCUUUAGGAACCAUCAGGUGUCAGAAAUAAUGUUGUUUGCUUGAGACUGCUUUAGUUGUUUUAUGCUUUGUGUCAGCAAAACCUGGUUUGCUGUUUGUUGUGUCUUUUAUGUGCUUUAUUGGUACCUAAUGAUAAAUUAUAUGUCCUUAGUGUUGUGUCUAAAGUUAGUUUCUGAUAUCCAAACCACCUCCAUCGCUAAUAGGAGUGACUUUCUAUGUUUCUUUUUCAUCCUCACCUAUUAUCAAAGCAAUAAUUUCUUGUCUUAAAAGAGAUUAGUGACGAGUGAUAAAGGUUAAAUGCUACAUUUACUGAAUAUAGGUAUGUAAUUAUGCACCACCCCUAAUUGAUGAUUUCUACUUCUAGCAAUGAUAAAAAGCAAAUUGAAAUAAAACCCGAAACUUAACUUAAUCAGUUGGCAUCUAAUAGAUUUGGAAUUCAAACAUCAGCACUUACAAUCUCUUUCUUUAUCCUCACAGCCUUUUUGAAAAAAAAAAAAAAGUAAAUUGCAGUUUACCAAGUCCUUAGCAUCCUUCUGUCAAAAGAAAUGAGAUGUAGUUAUAUAUAACCAAAACCAAAUAAAUUGUAGCAGUGUAUAUAUUGAAAAUUACUUUAUAAUUAAACAUGAUCAUAUAUAGAUAAGGUGUUUCAAACCUAGUUAUACACAUCAAUCCUCUUCCAUUGGUACUGCUGGAAUAUCAAACAGGUCUUCCUCAAUGGGUUUAGUAAUUAGAGAAAGAGAAGAAGGUAAUAUCAAGUCAAGGAAACAUUUGAGUCGAGCAAAGACCAAGGAGAAAAAAAAAAAUAACCGAAAAUGCACUAUCAACUCUGCUCUUUGAAUAAUUUCAGGAGUAAUCUACAUUAGAAAUUGCAGUGAAUAAAACUAUUCAGUUAAGAGCACAGAGCCAGGGAUUGAUAGAUCAAAAACAGGCAAUGCUCUUAUUAAUAUAUGCUUUUGCUUUUAGGGUAG